AUGUUCCCUUGUGUUGCCAUAUUCUCCCCAAGCCCCAGUGUUGUCAUAGCUCCCAAGCCCCGGUCUUACCAUACUCUCCCACACCCACUAUUGCCAUAUGCUCCCCACACCCCACUAUUGCCAGCCUCAAGUGGGACUUUACUCUUGCCUCCCAUACCCAUACCCCAGUAUUGCCAUACUCUCUCACAUCCCAUUAUAGCCAUAUCCUCCCCACACCCCAGUAUUGCCAUAUCCUCCCCACACCCCAGUAUUGCCAUAUCCUCCCCACACCCCAGUAUCGUAUUGCCAUACUCUCUCACAUCCCAUUAUAGCCAUAUCCUCCCCACACCCCAGUAUUGCCAUAUCCUCCCCACACCCCAGUAUUGCCAUAUCCUCCCCACACCCCAGUAUUGCCAUAUCCUCCCCACACCCCAGUAUUGCCAUAUCCUCCCCACACCCCAGUAUUGCCAUAUCCUCCCCACACCCCAGUAUUGCCAUAACCUCCCCACACCCCAGUAUUGCCAUAACCUCCCCACACCCCAGUAUUGCCAUAUCCUCCCCACACCCCAGUAUUGCCAUAUCCUCCCCACACCCCACCCAGUAUUGCCAUAUCCUCCCCACACCCCAGUAUUGCCAUAUCCUCCCCACACCCCAGUAUUGCCAUAUCCUCCCCACACAGGACUUUACUCUUGCCUCCCAUACCCAUACCCCAGUAUUGCCAUAUCCUCCCCACACCCACUAUUGCCAGCCUCAAGUGGGACUUUACUCUUGCCUCCCAUACCCAUACCCCAGUAUUGCCAUAUCCUCCCCACACCCACUAUUGCCAGCCUCAAGUGGGACUUUACUCUUGCCUCCCAUACCCAUACCCCAGUAUUGCCAUAUCCUCCCCACACCCCAGUAUUGCCAUAUCCUCCCCACACCCCAGUAUUGCCAUAUCCUCCCCACACCCCAGUAUGCCAUAUCCUCCCCACACCCCAGUAUGCCAUAUCCUCCCCACACCCCAGUAUUGCCAUAUCCUCCCCACACCCCAGUAUUGCCAUAUCCUCCCCACACCCCAGUAUGCCAUAUCCUCCCCACACCCACUAUUGCCAGCCUCAAGUGGGACUUUACUCUUGCCUCCCAUACCCAUACCCCAGUAUUGCCAUAUCCUCCCCACACCCCAGUAUUGCCAUAUCCUCAUCCUCCCACCCCAGUAUUGCCAUAUCCUCCCCACACCCCAGUAUUGCCAUAUCCUCCCCACACCCACUAUUGCCAGCCUCAAAAAAUUGUAUUGUCAAUUAUAUUGCCUCACCUGGUUCACUGACAUGCAUAAACAUGGUUACCGAUUUCGACUCCCAUAAUGAUAAAAUUAUCUUUGAUCUUGGAGACAAUGAAUUAAUCAUCAGUCAACAGUAG